AUGUCUGGUCUACCGUCGGAUGAGGUCGCGGAAGACUAUAAGAACUCUUUGGAGGACCUGGUGACCAACGACAGAUAUCAGAUCUCAAACUUGACACUGAUCGCAAAAGAGAACACUGAACAUGCCGAAGCAAUCUCCCGGGUGCUGCAAAACCACAUCAACAGAGCACCUCCCGCUCGAAAAUUGCCGGCUCUGUACGUAUUGGAUUCUAUUGCCAAAAAUGUCGGGUCUCCGUACACGGUCUACUUUGGCCGUAACCUCCACCAGAUCUUCAUGCUGGCAUAUUCUCAAGUUGAUGGGGCAGUGCGGCGAAAGCUGGAGGAAAUGUUGAAGACCUGGCGAGAACCGGUCCCGGGCGCUCUAUCAACCACCCCCGUCUUCCCCAUCGCGAGUACCCAGACCAUUGUUGACAGUCUAAACAAAUUUCGAGGUCAAUUGCCCUCAGUUCAUCGACAUCAGCCGACCCCCAUCCAAAGUCAGCCUGCCAGGGUGCCUUCUGCACAACCAUACCGCCAUACACCAACUCCUCCCCAGACUUUACCUCAGUUCGCUCCAAAUAUCCCUUCGCAUAUUCGAAGUCCGCAACCACAGCCUGCCGUGCCCCAACAACUAUAUGCUCCAGGGCCACCAGCGACAUACAGCCAGCCUUAUCCACCUCAGCCAACUCCGAACCCCUACUAUCAACCACCUCCCACGUCCCAUACACCCCAAUAUUUGCCCCCGGCUCCUCAGCCCCCCCUUGUCUCUGGGGGUGCCGUUGAUCUGCAGAAAUUACACGCGGACAUCGACGAUCUCACCACCGAUGCUAAAAUCGAGUGUGCCACCCAUCCCAUGGAUGCAGGAGCCCAACGCAAAUUGGCUAGUCUGCAAACACUGAAAGAAAUCCUCGACAGUGGUAAUGCCUCGGAAAGCGACUUGGUUGACAUUCGAAACACCAUUAUGCAAAAGAUGACAGAAAAGAUGGCCAUCAGCCGCCAACCUGUGACGCAAGCGCCGGUGCCCAACAUCCCCCUACAUACAGCUUAUGUCCCUCCACAACCACUCAUUCAACAUACGCAAGUAACUGCGCAAGGGCCAACUCCUGCCCCUCCUCCGACGGCUUUGUUCAACAGUACGAAUCUUGCAGAGCUACUUCGAACGACUCUCAGUCAACAGCAAGCGGUACAGCCGCCGAGCUAUUAUCCACCAUCUCAAUCUGGCGUGAGUACUCCACAGUAUACCACCACCGCCCCUCCUCCGCCGACCGAGAAUCCGCUCAUAGCUCAGCUCCGGGCAUCAGGGCUCUUAUCAGCAGCACCAACGCCUCCUCCAGGAGUGACUCCACCCAUGGCGCCCUUCUCUACACUUACACCAGAUGCAACAGCAGAGGUGAAACUUACCUCGGCUUCAAUCAGGAUACCCAGACGCCAGAUGAUUUCCAUCUUCCUCAACGCUCGCCCAAAUCAAUGCAGUACUUGUGGGAGAAGGUUCACGGCGGACGAGGCUGGGAAAGAGAAGAAGGCUAGGCACCUCGACUGGCACUUCAAGACCAAGGCCAGAAUGCUGGAAGCGGAGAAGCGGGGUCAGAACCGCAGUUGGUAUGUGGAUGAGCGAGAAUGGAUCGCCAGCAGAGAGUAUGACGACGAUGCUGGGCCGGUGGAUUCAAAUGGUCAUGCGAUAAAUGGAGCUGGGGUGGCCGAGAAGAAGAAACCCCAAGAUUUUGUGCGAGUGCCGGCCGAUCCAGUUAUGCGAUCAUUGCCCUGUCCAAUAGAUCAGGAGGCGUUCAAAAGUGAAUGGAGCGAGGAAGUGCAGGAUUUUAUUUGGAAAGACGCAGUUCAAGUUGGGGGCCGAUAUUAUCAUUCAUCUUGCCUAGGGGACUAUUCUACCUCAAUACUUGGUAAACGAAAAGCCGAGGAAGAUAACAUGCCUGUGGCGCCGGAGAAGAAACUGCUUAUCACUUAG